GUGGAUACGCCCCUGGAUGCACGAUCGCGCGCGUGCUUAAUCUUCGCGACUGUCACAUUCUGUCAAGCCCGGUCGUCACCCUAUGCUCAUCAGUCAUGCUAUGUCUGACUGUAGGGAAAUACAAAUUCUAGCCAUUAAGUGUCGCUCGGUGCGGUGCCAAACUAUUUAAAAGAAAAAGGCGAACAAAGUGGCUUAACAAUCACGAUCAAACAUGUACCGUAUCUUUCCCAAUCUAAUAAUCGAUACGGGUGUGUCUACGCGCGUGUUCCGAUACGUGACCAAGUAUGUCAGUCAGUUUGUAAAAGAACAAGUUUAUCGUAGCCGUAACAAGCAUUAGGUUACCGAUAAACGAAAAAUUUCCUAACGAUGUCAGCUGACAUUCUGCAGGAUAAGAGCGUAGCCUUGAACGGCAAGAAUGACGUACCGGUAGUCUCGCAACCUAUCACCAGGGGUGGACUUAGGGUUUACAAGAUUGUUAUUUUGGGCGACGGCGGUGUUGGUAAAUCAGAAAUCAAUUUUUCAGCUGUCACAUUGCAAUUUGUCAGUCACAGCUUCCUUGAUUAUCAUGAUCCAACUAUAGAGGAUUCGUACCAGCAACAAGCGGUUAUAGAUGGCGAAGCUGCACUUUUGGAUAUAUUAGACACUGCAGGACAAGUGGAAUUUACAGCUAUGCGUGACCAAUACAUGAGAUGCGGAGAAGGUUUUAUGAUAUGUUAUUCUGUGACGGACAGACGUAGCUUCCAGGAAGCUUUGGAAUAUCGAAAAUUGAUAACACGUGUGAGAGCUAAUGAAGAUAUACCAUUAGUAUUAGUUGGCAAUAAAUUUGAUUUGCAACGUCAGCGGAAGGUUUCUACAGAAGAAGGAAAGGCACUUGCCGAACAGCUCGGUUGUCCUUUUUAUGAAACGUCAGCAGCUCUUAGACAGUUUAUAGAUGAUGCAUUUUAUUCAUUAGUCAGGCAAAUUCGGGCUAAAGAAAGGGCAAAAAAUUCAGUACGUAAGCACAGUCGUUGGUGGCGGCUGCGUUCUAUUCUUGCCUUUAUUUUUAAAAGAAAGCAAAGACAUCUCAACAAUCAUCAUUAUUCUCCUUAAUCAAUAUAUUUUCAUAGAUACCUUUUUUGAUAGCUUUUAUUUUGAAUUAACAUACUAUACCAACAUAAGCAGUCUAAAAUUACACAACGAAUGAAAUUUUUUAUGAUUCUUUUAUAUUUUAUAAUAGUCUCUCAAUCUAGGGAUUAAUUCACUAACAUCUCACUGCCUUACCUUUAACCCCAUUAUAUUUUAAAUGUAGUAAUGGAAACAUGAAACAUAGACUAUAAUUUAUUAUUUUUAUUAUAAAUUUUACAGUAAUAGCUUCUAUUACAUUGAGAAGUUACUUAAAACUUGUUUGAAAAGAGUAGGAAGUGAAAUAAUAUAAAAGAAGAACUUCCAAUAUAAAUGUAAUAGACUGUUCUUAACUCUCUGUUUCCAAGGUCACUAGUUUCUUUAUUAUUAUUUAUUAAAAAGGCUAUUAAUAUUAUUUACAAUAUAUCUUACUAAAAACAAUAAUUAGUAAUUAUAGUCCUUAGGAAUUUUAAUUUUGUUCUUUUUUUAAAUAUACAAUUGCAGUGACCACUUAAUAUUUUCUCUUUAGUUAAAAUUCUGAUUGUUAUUUUUAUAAUCGCUAUUUUAUAUGACCAAAGAAUUUAAUAUUUCAUACUAAGGUAACAUGAAAUAUUAAAUGAAAAUUUGUAAAUGCAAAACAUACUGUAUAUGCGAGAUAAACGGAAAGCUUUAUAAUGCUAAAUAAUUGUUAUAUUAUCGUAAUCGUCUAAAGUUAACAAUUAAAAUUUGCUUAUAUUAAUUUUUUAAUUUCUACGGGAAAAAAUGGAAAUUGUGAAUGAUUUUAUAUCGAAUUAAAUCAUUAUAAAGUAUAUGAAAGUUAUAAUAAUUUGAAAGUUUACAAAUGUUAUAUAUUUAAAAAUUGCACAAAACGAACGAUUUUUAAAACAAUAUUUUCCAAUCAAAAAGAGUAACAUAAAUAUAUUUUUAUGUUUAAGAAUUAAACACAUAAUAUUAGUAAUGUAUAUGGUUACAUAAUAAGUCAAUGAUAUUUUAUGUUUAUAGACCACUAAUACUUUUAAAACGGCUCCUAAGAAAAAUUGAAUUUCUAACAUUACAACUAAUAGAUUCUAUUUUGAUGAUGUUUAAUAUUUGUUAUUUAUUGAAGAUUUUAAUUUUCGUGCAGCUUGAGAUACAUGAUUUCUUUUUUAGAACAUGUAUAUUAUACAUCAAUUAAGAUUAGUUAUAAAUUAUAAUAUACGUUAUAUAGUUGCCAGAUAACAGAACAAUUCUGUAAUAGCAUACAGUCAUAAAGAAAAUUGUUAAAUGUAAGUUUAUGUAUUAAAUGUCUAGUCGUUACUUAAUGUUUCCUAGUCAAAUUUUGUAUUUUAUUGAAUAUGCAAUAAUUUACAGUUUACAAAUGCCGUUAUAAAUUUUUAUUGCACACAAUUUAAAGUUUAUAUAUUUAUCAUAUCAUUUAUAUAUUUAUCAUAUCUUAUAAAUAUUUAUACAUGUUGGUAUUAUAUUUGUUAUAACAUUUUAUAAACAGUUUACUAAUAAGAAACACUGAUCAUUAAUGUUUAAUCUAUUUUAUUAGCUAACAAUAAAUCCGAGUAUUUUAUUUUAUAGAACAAGUACAAAGUAUUAUUGUCAAAACUGAUAAUUAAUUACAUCAAUAAUAGCUUUGUACUAAUGCAGUAGAAAGUAUUAAUAAAUACGAAUUAAUUGUAUGUAGUAAUUGAAUAUGUAAUAUGAAAUCUGUGUAAUAUAUAUAUUAUGUAAAAUGUGCUUAAACUAUAAAAAUUUAUAAUAAUAACAAGAGACUAUCUGUUUUAGUUAUGUAAUGUAUUAGUUUUCUUUAUAUUUGUUUAUAAAUGAACGAGUUUACGCAUAUAAAACAUGGAAACAAUAAAAAUGUAAAAUGGAAUUUUUAAAAUAGCAGCGGCUAUUCUGUCCAUCGUAUGUACUACAUGUAAAUCAAAAGGAAUAUACAAAUAUUAAGAUGUAUUAUAAAUAAUGUAAAUUCAAAUCAAUUCUGUAUUUUAAAAAAUACAAAAAGAAAAUACAUUUUACAAUGAUAAUACAGCAGAAUAAUCAGACAAAAUGUAAUGUAUAU